CUGCUUUCAGUUUCAUUUGAGACGUUGACGCGAGCGCCAGCCACCAGGUCCACAAUAAAGUUAAAAAAAAAACCAAACUAAAAACGAGCAAAAUAAAACCCGCAGCAGCAGCAGCAACAACAACGACAAUUCCAGCCAGCACCACAGGCAGCGUGUGUCCAAAUGAGAAAUAAAUUUAAACGGGUUAAUCCAAUACAGAAAAAAAACAAAAAACAAACACACGAAAUAAUUGAACGCUCUUAAUUUUUGUAUACAUUUUUUUGGUGGUUGGUUCCGUUCGCAAAAGUGCAGAGUGAAUGCAAGUGUGUGUUUUAUUUUAGUUGCUGUCAUUUGCAUAAUCUGCACAGGGUUUUCGUUCGAUAAACAAUGCAAAGAAGUGGCCAAAACUCAUAAACAAAGUGCAGCCGAAACAAAUACAAAGUGUAAUUAAGAUUCAGAGAGCGAGAGCGCGAGAGAGAGCAAAACAAGUUUGUUGCCUAAGUUAUUUGUUUUGACUCCAACAAACGAAAUACAUACCAUAUUUUAAUACAUAUAUUAAAAAAUAUAAGAUAUACGAGCGACAGCCACGUCGACAGCCAAAAGUUCCACAAAAAGAUUUGAGGCGAAAAGACAGACAAAUUGCUAGAGAAAAACCCCAACGAAAUGAUUCUUAGAACAAAGAUUUUGUGUGGCUUUCUGCUGAUGGGGCUGCUGCUGCUUCUUGCGCCAGGAGCGUCUGCAGAAGAUGACGACUAUGCCAUGGAUAUGGGCGGCCACAGUGAAGACAUCUACGAUCCGACACAGGUGGAAACGGAAGUGGAGGCCGAUCAUCAUCGCAAUAGCUUGGAGGAAGACGGCACCGAUCUGCCAACCCACACAGAGAGUUCGAUCAGCAUCGAGCUAGAGAUGAGCACCAUGAGACCGAGUGGAUUCAAUACUAUGUCCCCGUACUAUGGCUCGGGCUCUGGGUCGGAGUCCGGUUCGGGUUCGGGCGAAAGGGAUGAGAGCACUGCUGUAGAGCCGAUGGAGGAAGCACCCACACAGAAGCGUGUGACCAAAUUUGAGUCUCCCUCGAAGUCCUCGCACGAUUACUACUACGAGGAGGGACCCGAAGACGAGCAGCAUGAGGAAAUACCCACAACCACAGCGCGGAUAGCCACCACCAUGAUCCCCGAGUAUGUGCGUAAGCCAAAGGCGGAGCGGUUCCCCCAGAAAAGCCACGAACACGAUCUCUCCGACUAUGUGGAAGAAGAGCCGGUGAAAACCAUGGACCAGGAUCACUACCAUGUCGAGCAGCAUCAACCGUUUCCGCAGGCACAGGUCCAGCAGUUACCCAGCCGCAGCAAACCGAACCCCUUCAAGGCAUCCUCCGAAGAUUAUUACUACGAUGAGAUUCAUAUCAAGUCGGAUCCCACAACGACAACCACCACAACACAGGAACCACUGCCUGUAUUACGAGCACGAUUUGGUGGCUUCAAUUGGCCAUCCACGCAGGCGCCGGCACCAGCCAUUACCUCUACCAGCACGACGACCACAUCCACCACAUCCACAACAACGACGUCAACGACAACGCCAACGCCGCCGCGCAAACAGCCCAAACACAUACAGGUGUCUGCCGCCUCUAAGCCGGAACUCCUGCCGGCGGAUCAGUUACGAAACUACAUCAAGGAUGUCUACAUACGAAUGCCGCUGGCGGUGAUUGUUGAUCCCUCGUCCGCCUGCUUGGACCAAGCGAAGCGCUUGUACAUCGAUGCCUUGCAGGACAAGAAUAUCGACAUUAAAAUUGUUCUCGUUACACUCAAUGCGGCGGGUGCACCCUCUGCCUUUAGUUUCAACAAUACGCGAGAAUUCCUAGCGGGUUUGAACAGCACCAAAGAGCACGAGGGCGGCAAUUCAUUUGUGGGCGUGCUGCAUGCGGCGGAACUGGUGCCCUACGACAGUGCCGUGUUCAUAUCAACAGCUGCAGUUCCACCACACACGGAACUAGUGCAGGAUGCGGCCAUUACGCUGCUGAAGAAGAGAAUCCGAUUAUUCCUGCUGUGGUAUGGCGAGCAAUCAGUCAUUGAGAACGAGACAGAAGACGCCGUAGGUGGCAUCCUUGGUGAGGUUGCCAUUCGCUCUGGUGGCGAAAUCAUUCACAUUGUGAGCACAGAGCAUGGUCAGCAUAUAGCAGGCAAUACGCUCACUCUAGUAGCGGAUGCCUAUCGGGGUGAUCAGGAACUGGAACUGCCGGUGGAUACGACGCUAUCCAGUUUGCAUGUACGCAUCGAUGCGAAUAUGCGACGUGCCACAUUGGAAACGCCAAAUGGUGAGAUUAAUCUGAGGAAACUGGUGAAAUUUGGUGGACCAAAUGACACGGGCACAACGAAUAACAACGAACUGGAUGCCUACGUACCGCUGAACAAGUUGCGCAAGGCCACAAUCUUCAAACUGAAACUAAAUCCGGAACAAAACAGCGACGAGCCCUACAAUGUGUUCAUACGCGCCGAACGUAAAGCAGAUGUGUUUUUGGGCGACAUCAUCAAACGCAUCGAUAGCUACUAUAAGAAUGGGCAAGUCAAGCCCUCGCCGCGGCUGGCCAGAAUCCAGUUUCCCGAGAAGGAAAGGGAGAAGCUCGAAGAGGACACGGAUGAGCCCAAAAGCGAGAUUGAAACGUUUUCAGAUAAGGAAAUUCAAAGUAGUCCAAGUCUGAAUCAAACCUUGCUGGCCGCCGCCACGGGUCAGCAGCGCAGCACGCUGAAUGCCAUGCUGCAGCAGCGUUGUGGCACGAAGAUUGAGCUGAGCACACAGUCGCAGCUGCUGGUGACAGCUGGCCAGACGGCCACGCUGCUCUUUGAGGUGACCAAUAUGCGCACGGAGACGGUCUACUCGACCAUACAGGUGACAGAUGAGCGGCGCUUUUUGGUUAAUCUGAAUCCCACAAGGCUAAAUCUGCGCGCUCUGGAGACGAGCACAGUGCGCUUGACGGUGCUGGUGCCCACGGGCACAGCACAGGGCACCACGGAUAGGAUUACAUUCACCAAUUAUGGCCGUGAAACAACCACAAUGGCAGUCAACCUAAAGGUUGUGUCCAGCAUAGAUGCACAGGACACAACUGGACCCACGCUCUCGUGGGAAUUUGGCAGCCGCUGCGACUAUCUGACGCCCGAGUCUCUGACCUGCGGCGAACGCUUCUGGACAUUGGAUCUGACGGCCCAGGACUGGCAAUCGGGCAUUAUGCGACUGCAGACAACGCCAGCGGAGGGUUUGUUCUACAGAAAUUACUACACUGCCGGCACCACAGAGCCUCUAAAGGCCACCUACAUGGCCUCCUGUUGCGAGCCAAAGGUGGCGAUCACUGCCUACGAUGCGUCUGGCAAUCAGCGCAGCAUCAACAUAGACGUGCGCGAUGUCGUGCUCACCGAAGGAGCCAUAGCUGCCAUUUGCUUGGGAGCCAUACUGCUGCUGUUGCUGAUUGUGGCCAUUAUUUGGGGCAUUGUGUGGUGCUGCCGCAGGCGGAAGGUAUCGCUGGAGCUGCCCACCUAUCGCUCGCACUCGACGCGCAGCAUGGAGUAGGCAGGCCGCGAAGGGAGGGGGUUUAUUGUUACGUUAAUUGUGCCAAAAAAA